GAAGAUGAGAUGCUCAAUUAGUAUUCGCUGCAUUUUGCUCCGUGUCGCUACUCGUGAACCGCACCGCACCUUCUUUUUCGGAUACCCAAUUUGUCACCUGGGAUAAACCAUGAAGACCAUCAUCAUUCUGGCUGUUGUUGUUGCCUUCGCUCUGGGCGCCCCACAAGCUGUCGACGAUUCCCGCAAUGCACAGAUUCUGCGUUACGAAACGGACAAUAUUGGCGUUGAUGGAUACAGAUAUGCCUUCGAGACCAGCGACGGCAUCUCGCGACAGGAGGAGGCUGAGCUGAAGAACGUCGGCACGGAGAACGAGGCCAUCUCCGUGCGAGGAUCCUACAGCUGGGUGGCUCCCGACGGCCAGACCUACACCAUCAACUUCGUGGCCGACGAGAACGGUUACCAGCCCGAGGGCGCCCACUUGCCCAAGGCCUGAGCCCCAAACUAACCCCUUCAGACAGCCCGAAGAAUGCGCACAAAACCACCAAACAUCUUCGCAUCAAUCUCUCCAGCCAUUGACAAAUACUCAGCAUAAAUGUCAUGAAAGACAUAAAUUUGCUCUCUUCGCCAUUCGUUCUGUUGUAAAAAGGUUCCAAUUGGAAGAAGUUUUAAUUGUCAUUUAAAUAUCAGCCAGAAGAGUUAUACUGUGACAUGAAUAAAUACACAUAUAAACACAA